AUGGCUGAGGAAGACGUUCCUAACUACUUUUUGGUUGAUGGCGUUGAGGUCGUAAAUGUCUGGAUUGUCCGGGACAUCAACACCGGGACGGAGUUAGCUCGCUGGCCGAUAGCUACUCUGGGCCUAGCCAGUGACCUGUUGAACGGGAUGAGAAGAAGACGGCGACGACAAAGACACCGUAGAAGAAGACGAAGAUCGCCGUCUACCAGUGAAGAUGAUGACCAGCCAAGGAGGAGGAGGAGGACAGAUUCAACACCUGCUGCUUCUUAUUCGGCCCCUCUGAGUAGUCCGGAACUACUCGAGGACACCCCGAGAAGCCCGUCCCCUCCAAGAAGACCACCAACUCCUAGCUGGUCACCCAGUCACCCCCCGGGAGCAGCUGCUGGACAGUGGGAUUCCUCCGUAGAUUCGGAUUGGACCCCUCCCGUUAACAACGAUUGGGCUGGACAGGGGGCUUCUUCAUCCGUUGAUUCGGAUUGGUCCCCUCCCGUCAACGAUGACUGGGCACCUUCCCCGGAACUGGCUAGACCACCACCACCUUCCCCGGAGCUGGCUAGACCACCACCCCCGACCCCGGAGAUGUCACCAGGUGUGAGUACUACGGGGCCAAUUCCUAGAUGGGGGAUUCAAGUUGCAGCAGCCAAGCCAGGCUGGAUUCCUGUGCAACGCAGGCUUUCGAGAUAUGCAGCUCGCGGGCGAGGAUUGAGACCCCCUCCUCCAAGACAGCCAUCUCCACCCCGACCCGGAAGGCCAGACUUUAUGGAGCCGUUGACCGGUAACCAGCGACCUCCCCUCUCAGACAGAACAGAGUUCCGCGGCAGAGGUAGAGGCAGGCCUCUCAGGGAGUAA